GGUGCGCGGGAGCCGCCGGGGCAAAGUGGGCGGCCGGCCGGCGGCGCGGUCUCCGGCUCGCUCGCUCGCUCUCGGCUCCGGGGGGAAGCCAAGCCGGGGAGCCCCGGCAGCCCGCCCUCCAAGAUGAAGAAGCUCCAGGGAGCUCCCCAACGCAAGCCCAUUACCCCAGACCUGCUGAUGACCCCCAGUGACCAGGGCGAUGUAGAUCUGGAUGUGGACUUUGCCGCAGACCGGGGCAACUGGACGGGCAAGCUGGACUUCCUGCUGUCCUGCAUUGGCUACUGUGUGGGCCUGGGGAACGUCUGGCGGUUCCCCUACCGAGCCUACACCAACGGAGGAGGCGCCUUCCUCGUGCCCUACUUCCUUAUGCUGGCCAUCUGUGGCAUUCCUCUCUUCUUCCUUGAGCUCUCUCUGGGCCAGUUCUCCAGCCUGGGACCCCUGGCCGUCUGGAAAAUCAGUCCCCUCUUCAAAGGUGCCGGCGCGGCCAUGCUGCUCAUCGUAGGCCUGGUGGCCAUCUACUACAACAUGAUCAUCGCCUACGUCCUCUUCUACCUCUUUGCCUCCCUCACCAGCAACCUGCCCUGGGAGCACUGUGGCAACUGGUGGAACACGGACCUCUGUCUUGAGCAUAGAGGCUCCAAGGGUGGCAAUGGGGCCCUGCCCCUCAACCUCACCAGCACUGUCAGCCCCAGCGAGGAGUACUGGAGCCGCUACGUUCUCCACAUCCAAGGCAGCCAGGGCAUUGGCAGUCCCGGGGAGAUCCGCUGGAACCUCUGCCUCUGCCUGCUGCUUGCCUGGGUCAUCGUGUUCCUCUGUAUCCUCAAGGGUGUGAAGUCCUCGGGCAAGGUGGUGUAUUUCACGGCCACGUUCCCCUACCUCAUCCUGCUCAUGCUGCUGGUCCGAGGAGUCACGCUCCCAGGGGCCUGGAAGGGCAUCCAGUUCUAUCUCACCCCCCAGUUCCACCAUCUGUUGUCUUCCAAGGUGUGGAUCGAAGCUGCUCUUCAGAUCUUCUACUCCCUGGGUGUGGGCUUCGGGGGUCUGCUCACCUUUGCCUCCUAUAACACAUUUCACCAGAACAUCUACAGAGACACCUUCAUCGUCACUCUGGGCAAUGCCGUCACCAGCAUCCUGGCUGGCUUCGCCAUCUUCUCUGUGCUGGGCUACAUGUCUCAGGAGCUGGGUGUGCCUGUGGACCAAGUGGCCAAAGCAGGCCCCGGCCUGGCCUUUGUCGUCUACCCACAGGCCAUGACCAUGCUGCCUCUGUCGCCCUUCUGGUCCUUCCUUUUCUUCUUUAUGCUCCUGACUCUUGGCUUGGAUAGCCAGUUUGCCUUCCUGGAGACCAUCGUGACAGCUGUGACGGACGAGUUCCCAUACUACCUGCGGCCCAAGAAGGCUGUGUUCUCGGGGCUCAUCUGCGUGGCCAUGUACCUGAUGGGGCUGGUCCUCACCACCGAUGGAGGCAUGUACUGGCUGGUGCUUCUGGAUGACUACAGUGCCAGCUUCGGGCUAAUGGUGGUAGUGAUCACCACGUGCCUCGCCGUCACCCGGGUGUAUGGCAUCCAGAGGUUCUGCCGAGACAUCCACAUGAUGCUGGGCUUCAAGCCGGGCCUCUACUUCAGGGCCUGCUGGCUGUUCCUGUCCCCGGCCACACUCCUGGCCCUGCUGGUGUAUAGCAUCGUCAAGUACCAGCCCUCAGAGUAUGGCAGCUACCGCUUCCCAGCCUGGGCGGAGCUGCUGGGAAUCCUGAUGGGCCUGUUGUCCUGCCUCAUGAUCCCGGCCGGCAUGCUGGUGGCUGUGCUUCGGGAGGAGGGCUCGCUCUGGGAGCGGCUCCAGCAGGCCAGCCGGCCGGCCAUGGACUGGGGCCCGUCGCUGGAGGAGAACCGGACUGGCAUGUACGUGGCCACGCUGGCGGGGAGCCAGUCGCCCAAGCCACUGAUGGUGCACAUGCGCAAGUACGGAGGCAUCACCAGCUUUGAGAACACUGCCAUCGAGGUGGACCGCGAGAUCGCCGAGGAGGAGGAGUCUAUGAUGUGAGCCGGGAGGCAGGCGGACAGGAGGCCCCGCCGGCUGCAAAGGGUGGCCGUGCCCUGCGGGGUGCUGAGAGGCCCGCGGCAGAGGUUGCCACGGUGGGUCCCCAGUGCAAGUCCUUCCUUGUGGCCUCUGCCUCUCCUGUGUCUACCUUCUCCACACACGCACACAAACCCACUUGAAGCUCAGUCCUCAUUCUGCAGGUGGAUGAACUGUGGCCAGGGAGGAGGGACUUGCCCAAGGUCGCAUGGCAGAGGGGACUGGACCCCAGGCCUCCUGGCCAACCAGCUCCCUUUCUUACCUGGAAGCUGGCAUCGUUCUCGCCUCUCUGUUCAGGGCCCAGACUCCUCUCUUUUCUAGGGGAGCCUGCCCCACACACUUCAAACAGCCAGAAUCCCGAGCUGGGCAGGGAUGCUCGGGGUAUGGCGAGGCCCACGAGGCCCCCCGGGCACCGAGGGUUCGCAGUGAAGUGAGAGAAAGAGCCUAUGGGCUCCCAUGCCAGGGCCAGGCUUCCUGAAGGUGGUGAGGUCUGAGGGCCCUGGACGAUGGGAAAUUGGGAGGAGGGCAGGGUGUGGAGGCCCCAGUGUAGCCCCUGGGCUCCCCACCACCACUUGGAGCCCAGGGCAGAGACCUGGGUAUUACUAGGUUACAGCAGGGUCCAGGGGGCAAUGUCGAAUGAGGGGGAGGGGAGCAGGGGACAAGGGGGGGCAGGGGUUUGCAUGAUCUUGUCGCGCUUUAGAUAGAAUAUCUUUCAGGGUCAGUGUGCAGGGUGGAUUAGAGGGGACAGGGUGGCGGUGGGAGGCCCGUGGGGGGGCGGGAGAGAGGGGCUGGUGGCCUGAGGGGGUGGGGGUAGGGAAAGGAGGAGGUCCCCACACUUUUUUCCCCUCCAGAGAAACAGUUAUUUUAUUUUGACCCCACACUUCUAAGAAGGGCCCUCGGCUUCCCUCACUGGACCCCAUGCCCUCGGGUGUAGGGAGCGCGGGCGUGAUCAGGACAGAGGACCAAGUGGAGAGGUGGGCGUGAGGGGUCCUAGUCAGGCCCCAAAGCCCCUCCACUCCAUUCUCCCUGUUCCGGUGGACCUCGCCGUCUCCUCUGGCUCCAGGCACUGCUGGGAAAUUGGCCUUGGCCGGGGUCAGCCAGGGCGACCAGAAGGCUUGGAGGUGGUCUGCACACACGACAUCUGUCCUGAUGCUGCACACUCUGCUCGGGGGCGGGGGUCCCUGGGCCCAGGCAUGAGGGUGGAGGCCAAGAGCCAAGGGCAGCCAGCACCUCAAGCCUGUGGCCAGAGGCCUUGGCAUCUUCAGCCCCGGGCACAGGAGGGGCCGUCCUGGGGUCCCCCCUUCCCUGAGAUGUGGAGCUUGCCAAUGUGCCCGGGCGGGGCAGGGCACCCUCAUGGGCCGCCUGCGCACCCCCUCCCUCCAGCCGUCUCCCCAGCCUGUCCGUGUUCUGUUGGUUUACUGUUAAUAAACACCAAUGAGGUCAUCCUUCCUACCCCUU